AUGGCAAGCCAGCAGCAUCAAGGCCAGUUCAAAUGGUACAACUACAAACGUGGCUUCGGUUUCAUCAGCGACUCCAGCACAAAAACUGAUGUUUUUGUACACUACUCCGGACUAAAACGGUCCCUACAAAGACGUCUCCCUCGCGAAGGUGAUAACGUACAGUUCACCGUCUGCGUGGGAGACAAAGGACCGGAGGCCCGAGAAGUCGCGAGGACCAGCCAGACACCAAAAGCGAGUAGUCCAAGCCGGAAACCGCUUACCAGGACAUGGGAUAUGGAAGCGAAGAUAACUGCCUGCAUCUGCACGGCAAAAGCCCUUGCUGGCAGCAACUCCAGACGCCUGCAAGUCCUUAUCCCUGUCCUGCUUAAGCAUAACGGUCUACCUGUUAUACGGAUCCCACAGCAAGCCCUCGGAACCGCCAACCCCCACACACCUAGACCGAGAAGAAGGCACCAGCCGCUUCGCCAAGACGACGAGCAACCUUGCCACGACGACCCGGCAGAUGAGGCUCUGAUCGUCGAGGAAGAGGAGGUGGAAGGAGAAGACGAGAUCGUCGAUGUGGAAGGCAGCGACACGGAAGAGCCACCUCCAGUUGUCGAGGACCCUCCAAAAGAAGAAGAAGGCUGGACAAUAUCGCAGAACAAGAUGAGGAAGAAGAAACCCACCGCGCCCGAAGCUGAACCAACUCCCCGCCCAAGCCCACGGAGGGAGACAGUAGACAAGGACGGCGAAGAACCACACACCACCUACUACCAGCUAAGAAGCAAGAACACGGGCACCAGACACGAAGAACCAGGGCAAUCCCUCUCAGACUUAAUAAGUGGAUUCAACAAAUUCAGGCAAGACUUGCUGAGAGAGAAACACAACCAGAACUAA